GGGCAGCAACACCACCUGUUGUUGGCUCUGUGUGUAGAUACAUUUGGGGGCAGCAUUCUUUGAGGCGCGAAUCCGUGGCCAUAUGGCAGCCUAAAUUAACGGUACUGUGUUGUCCAAUUAGCCCAGCGCGCGUUAGCCAUGUCGGCGAAUCGCGGCCAGAACCACUCCCGAUCGGAGUCGCAAUCGCAGAACCAGGCGGCCGCCCAGCUAAAUGCCUCCGGCAGGCGCAGCUCCACUCCGUCCGGAGCCCAUGGCUCCUCCAAUCGCUGCCUAAUUGCCGUGAUUGUCUACCUGGCCCUGCUGCUAGAUAACAUGCUGCUGACCGUAAUUGUGCCCAUUCUGCCGGAUUACCUGGCCAGCCUGGAGCUGGAUGCCUCGUCGCCGGUGGUCCUGAGUCUGGAGGAUACCUCACCAUCCUCGAAGCUGGCCUAUCGGGCGGGUGGGGAACACCCAGGCGGCCAUCCGCAGCUCUACAUCUCCAAGCAUCCCAUUCCGGGCAAAUCGAUGGUGAACUUCACCCUGUUCCAGCUGGCCACAGAAGCCACCACCACGUCGACCACACUGACGCCCAAUUCCACUGAUGUCCAGUCGAGUGGCACUAAUGUCACUGGAACUGGCAACGGGAACAGGAGCAGGCACAGAAAGCAGGGCCCCGGCACUCCACCCACCAACAGCAGCAGCAUUAAAGAGCUGACCUUGGCGCAGGAGAACGGCUCCAUUGGCCUUCUCCUCGCCAUGAAGGCCCUCGUCCAAUUAAUUUUCAAUCCGAUUGUGGGCAACGCAUCCAGCAAGUUUGGCUACCGCCUGCCCAUUGUGGUGGGCACCUUCUUCCUGCUCCUCUCCUCGCUGGUCUUCUCUGUUGGCGAAUCCUAUUGGGCUCUCUUGGUGGCCCGAGCUGUGCAGGGCGUGGGAUCCGCUUGCAUCAACAUCUGUGGCAUGAGUCUGGUGGCCCAGCACUAUCCGGAGGAGGCCCGUCGUUCCAAGGUGAUGGGCAUCAUCCUGGGCAGCAUUGCACUGGGCGUGCUGCUGGGCUAUCCCUUCGGUGGCAUUCUGUAUGACCUGAUGGGCAAAUCGGCCCCCUUCAUCAUUCUCUCCACGCUGAUGUUCCUCAGCCUGGGUCUCCAGCUGCUGACCCUGGAUCUGUCUGUGCAGCCGGAGGUGGUGGUGGAGGAGACACCCAAGUGGCGACCCCUGCUGGAGUGCAAAAUGAUCCUGGCCAUUGUGCUGGCCAUUUGGUUCUCCACCUCCACCAUGGCCAUGCUGGAGCCGUGCCUGCCCAUCUGGCUGAUCCAGUAUCUGAAGCCCAAUAAGUGGCAGCUGGGCACGGUUUUCAUCCCAGACUCUGUGGGUUACUUUGUGGGCACUAACUUCUUUGGCAGCAUUGCCUAUAAGUAUGGCCAGGUCAAGGUGUCCUGCAUCAGUUUGCUGCUAGUGGGCGUGGCCUCUAUUCUGAUACCCAGUGCAACAACGGUUGCCCAACUAUUGAUGCCCCAUUUCGCCUUGGGCCUUGGCAUAGGAGUGAUUGAUGCGGCACUGGUGCCGCUCCUGGCCACUUUUGUGGAUGCCACACUUUCCCAAGAGGAUCACAGUGAGAGCAGUAGCUCCAUGUCCAGUUACGGAACAGUCUAUGCCAUUCAACAGACCUCCGUUAGCCUGGCCUACUGCUUAGCUCCCCUUAUUGGCGGUGAGUUGGCGCAGACCUUUGGUUUUGCUUGGCUAAUGCGCAUCGUGGGCAUUUUCAACAUGAUCUAUGGUCCAAUACUGGUCUACUUGUACCAGAAAUACGAUCCGAAGGCCCUGAGGGAACAGCAUAAUGAUAUGCUGCUCCAAAGCAGCGGACGUGGAUCCCGAUAUAAACAGCUGUACAACUCCAUGGAUGUGGAAUAGGCUGCACUGCCCAGUUCUCCAGCUAGUCUCAAGCAAUCUUAAGUCUCCGAAUUAGGCGUUCCUUUGGCUAGUAAAAGCAAUAAACUUGGAGCUGAUUUUUUGUAAACCAU